CCAACCAAAUAAAAGUUCCUGCCUUCCUUUGUUCAGGGAUGCCAUGACUUUGAAAAUGAUUCCUCAUGGCCUCCUAUUUGCUGCAAAUACACUUCACUGUGUGAGACAGCUUCUGCUGGUGUAGUCUUAUUUAACUCACCAGGAGGAGAGCCCACUUGAUUCGGUGACAGAGGGACUUGUGCCUAACUUCUUGCAGAGGCUACCUCUGGGGUGAGAUAAAGGGGACUCCCAUUGUUGAUUUCCUUCUGUAUUGUUUUCUGUGACUGAGACCACAUUACUUGUAUGUUUCACACCCUCCUCACCCCCAGUGCUCGCAGAUUGCCUUAGCUGGCAGAAGGAGAACUUGCACCUUUGUCCUGGGAAAAUCCUAGAUGGGGAUGAAGCGUGCUACUCUGUGCCUGGUCUGGGUUCUCGCCUCCUGGCUAAUUUAAUGCAUUUCAGUGGUGUCUCUUGGGAGGAAUACAGUGGAGGCUCAUGCACCAAUCACCCAAGUCCACUUUUGGCACACUUCAGUGUCAUGGGCAAGGAAAAGACCCACCUCAUAAUUCCUGGGUUAUGAUUAGUGGUGCCAGUCGCCUCACAAGCCCGCUUGGGACAGUUGCUCCACUGCUCUCGUGGUUUCCGAUGUGGGCGGCCCGUGUCAGCCUGCUGUGGGACACUCACGUCACUGGCUGCUGCAGUUAUCUCUUGAAUCAAGCUGAGGGGCUUUGCUGCGAACGCAGGGACGGUCGGAGGACAAGUCACCUCCAGCUCUGCAGGCUCAGGGGCCCCCUCAGACUUGCCAUGGGACCCGGCAGAUGCGUCUGGGAAGGCUGGACUUGGGAGGGCGAGGCCCUGACGCAAGAGAAGGGUGCCUGGCUCCUGAUCUGCACCUGCCUCUGCACCUGGGUCGGCGUGGGCGUCUCUGUCCCGGGGGAAGGAGGAGGGGCUGGAACUUUCACCUGCCUCACCAACAACGUCCUCAGGAUUGACUGCCGCUGGUCCGCCCCAGAGCUGGGCCAGGGCGCCAGCCCCUGGCUGCUCUUCACCAGCAACCACGCGCCGGGCAGUGUGCACAGGUGUGUCUUCCGGGCCAGCACGUGCACUGUGGUGCUGCCGCCCGAGGAGGUGCUCGUGCCUUCUGACAACUUCAGCAUCACUUUCCACCGUCACGUCUCUGGGAAGGAGCAGGUCAGCCUGGUGGACCCACAGUACCUGCCCCGGAGACAUGUGAAGCUGGACCCUCCCUCUGACCUGCAGAGUAACGUCAGCUCUGACCACUGCGUCCUGACCUGGAGCGUCAGUCCUGCCCUGGAGCCGCUGACCUCGCUCCUCAGCUACGAGCUGGCCUUCAAGAGGCAGGAGGAGGCCUGGGAGCGGGCCCGGCACAGGGAUCGCAUAGUGGGGGUGACCAGGCUCCUCCUGGAGGGUGUCGAGCUGGAGCCUGGGGCCGCCUGCGAGGCCCGGCUGCGUGUGCAGAUGGCCGCGGAGGAGGAUGCGUUGGAGGAGGAGCGCUACAAGGGCCAGUGGAGUGAGUGGAGCCAGCCCGUGCGCUUCCCUGCCCCCCCGAGACGAGGCCCCCCGACCGCACGUUUGGGGCAGCCCAACAGUACCCUUGUCGCUGUGUCCAUCUUUCUCCUGCUCACCAGCCUCACCUACCUCCUGUUCAAGCUGUCACCCAGGGUGAAGAGAACCUUCCAUCAGAACGUGCCAUCUCCAGUGACGUUCUUCCAGCCUCUCUACAGCGUGCACAACGGGAACUUCCAGAGCUGGACAGGGGCCCACAAGGCUGGUCUGCCAUGGAGCGAGGACUGCAUGGGUACCCAACGAGCAGCCUCGGAGUCCAGCAUCCGGGAGGCCAUUGCGUUGCUCACCUAUGACCUGGCGGACCCCCUGCAGUCAGUGGGCCUGGAGGAGGAGGGCACCGGCUCCGGCCUCCCGGCAGGCGUGCUGCCAGCAGGGUGUAUGGAGUGGGGAGGGCAGCUGCCCGCCUACCUGCCGCAGGAAGACUGGGUCCCCGCGAGCCCUGCCCGGCCAGCUCCCUCCCAGGCAGAGGGCAGCAGCAGCGACUACUGCGCCCUGGGCUGCGAUGGGGGUUGCCACCCCUCGACCUUCCUAGGAAACGUGCAGAGCUCUGCGCCCAUCCUGGCCUUGGCCUGUGGCCAUUCCUGUGACCAGCAGAGCCUGGAUGCUCAGCACGGAGGUACCUGUGUGGGAGCUGCUCACAGUCAGAGGCAAGACCUUGGGGAGCAGGCUGCAGGAGGACCUCAGGGCGUUUUGUUCCCUCCCAACCUUGGCAGACAGCGGGCUCAGUCCUGAAAGUUCUAGAGCCCUGGCAUGGCCAACUGCAUCAUGUCCAUCUUGGGGAAAAUGGACUAAAGUCUCUGGAGAUGACCCUUGACUGGGGCCGGACCUCCUGCAGAGGGCCACCUAUGCAGUGGUCAGACGUCCUGUCUAGAUGAAGGCAGGAGGCCCCUCUUCCCUCCCUCCACUCGGCGCCUGUGAGGAGGGGCCUCUGCCCUCUGCAUCCUGCCAACCAGGUCCCCCAACCCCGACUUCCCGCCCUGCUUUCUAGCUUGAUCCUAGGCCCCUCUGAGAAAAGGGGUGUUGGCCCCACAGCCUGUUCUGCCCUCACCCCCUUAAAGAGCCCGCCUGGGCCCCGUGGACAUGGGUGAGAGUCUGUGACAGGCCGACUGUCCUCCUCCUGUGCCUUCCUGAGCCCCCUCUGCUACUGAGAUCAGAAGGCAUGUGGUGGCUGCUCCAAACUGCUGAUGGCAGGGAGAGGGGCCCAGAGGAGGGUGAGGGUGGGGUCUGGCUCUUCCUGGGCUUUCUGGGCUCCAGGAAAGCAGGGGUGAGGCUCAGUGACCAGCUCCAGGGAGGCCAUCCCCCUGCCCCUCUUAUCCUCAUCCUCUAUGGGCCCCAGGAGGCUGAGCGCUGUGGCCAGAGCUCCUGGCCACUCAGGGCCAGAAGUGACCACCCCACACUGGUCUGUGAGGGCCCUGCCUCUGCCCGCCCCGCGGUCUGGAGAGAUGGUGGUGGACAGAGCAGCAGGUGUCUGUGAGUCUCCUCAGGCUGCCGGGACAAAGGACGACAGACUAGGUGCUCAGAACAACGGAAGUUUGUUGUCACGCAGCUCUGGAGGCUGGACGUCAGGGAUCCGGGUGUCAGCAGGGCCGUGAAGCUGCCAGAGGAGGUUCUGUUUCGGGGUUCCCUCCAGCUUCUGGCAGUUCCCGGCCUGGCACAGCACCACUCCAGUCUUCCCCAGGCAUUUUCCCUGUGCGUGUGUCUGGGUCCCAAUGCCCCCUUUUAUCCCUCACACCUGUGGCGGAUUAGGCUGACCUGAGCGACAUCACCUUGGCUUGACCAUCUGCAAAGACCCUAUUUCCAUAGAAGGUCACAUUCACAGGUGCUUGGGCAUUAGGACUUCAAAGUGUGAAUUUUGAGGGACACAAUUCAACCCGUAACAGUGUCCCUGCCUCUGCCAGCGAUCACCUCCAUGCUGUCCCAAGGUCUCUGCCAGGGCACCCCUGUCGAUCUUACCGGGACCUCAGGCAGAAGACCCCGUUCUGCCCAGCUGCUGGACCUGGGGCUGGUGCUGGAACCAUCGACCUGGGAGGGCUGGGACGAGACCUUUCUGGGGUUGGAGGUGCUGAAGUUUUGAAGGUCAGGUAGAAUGGAGGCCUGUCCCUCUCUGGGGGCUAACCUCUCCGUGGGCCUCCACUGUCCUCUGUGUCCUGGGCAGAAAAAAGCACUUGCAGCCCCAGGCCUCAGGCAAAGGCCCCUUCUGGCUCAGACAGGCAUCCGCUUCCCCUCUGUGUGCUUGGAACCUCUGCGGUUUUGUGGGGAGCCUCGGCAGAGCCGGAUUCUGGUCAGCAGUGGUAGGCAGGACCCAGAAUGUAUCUUUAGUAUUCAGAGAGCGGGAGGUGUGGACGGAAGUCAGGUGCAGGCAUCCUCCGCGCUAACCAAGUGUAAAAAUACUAGCUUGCGCCUACUUCCUGGAGCCAACCCCUGGGGAACCCCAGCUGGUGUAUUUAUAACAGCGUCGUGUGGUUCGUGUGGCUUCACGUGGGACCUGGGCCACCUGCAUCAUUAGACAAGCACCCCCCACGGCAGGGCCGCUCUGCUGUGUGGCCGGGGACAGCAUUCACACACUUUCUCUGGUGGCCCCUGGAGGCCUGCCUCUGGGUGUGGAGCCUCUCAGAGGCUGUGUGGUGGGAGGUGGGUCAGGCCUGCCCCUCAGCACCUGGGACCACAGCACCUCACCAAGCUGCCGUGAGGUGACCGGAGCAGGGUGCCCGCCCACCGUGUGCUCAGAAGACGCGGACUCCCCCUCCCGGAGACAAGGCGCCCUUGGAUCCCGUGUGCCGAGAGCCGGCUCACAGCAGAGCGCGGUUCCAAAGGCCUUGUGAGCGCUGAGGGGGGGUCAUUGAGGGGGCAUCUGUGAGGGAGUCGGAGAGAAGGGGGCCUGGACCGGAGUCGUGGGACUGCAGGCGGGUUGGGGCACGUGUCUAAUGUGGCUGGCCAGGCCCUGGGCCACGCUGGGCUGUGGAGGGCCUUGAUGGCCAGGCGACAGGGCAGUAAGGGAAGAGGACUUGUUCUGGGGAGGGAACGCUGAGGAAUGGUUUCUUUUCCUUUGUUUUUCAAUGAGGUAAGCUUCAUAAGAUAUAAAAUUAACUGUGUUAGAGUGUACAGUUCAGUGCCGUUUACUACAUGCAUAAUAUUGUGCAACCAUCACCUCUAUCUACUUCUAAAAUAUUUCAUCACUCCAAAAGGACAUCCCUCUCCUGUGAAGCAUUUACUCCCCACCCCACUCGCCCUCUGACCUCUGGCAACCGCUAAUCUACUAUCUGUCUCUAUGGAUUUACCUGUUCUGGUCAUGCUGAGCAUCUUUUCAUGUGCUAUUUGUGUAUAUUCUUUGGAAAAAAGUCCAUUCAAGUCUUUUCCCGUUUUUUAAUUGGGUUGUUUGUUCUUUUGUUGUUGAGUUGUAAGAGUUUUUUUAAUAUAUUCUGGAUACUAAACCCUUAUCAGAUAUAUGAUUUGCAAGUAUUUUCUCCUAUUGUGUAGGUUAUCUUUUUACUUUUUUGAUAGUGUCAAAGGUUUUAAGUUUUGAAGUCAAAUUUAUUUAUUUUUUCUUUUAUUACCUGUGCUUUUUGUGUCAUACGCAAGAAAUCAUUGCCAAAUCCAAUGCCAAUAAACACAUGAACAGAUGGUCACCAUCACUAGCCAUUAGGGAAAUGAAAAUUAAAAAAAAAAUCAAAACCACAUCACACCCUUUAGAAUGGCUAUUAUCAAAAAAAAAAAGGGGGCCGGCCCCGUGGCUUAGCGGUUGAGUGUGCGCGCUCCGCUGCUGGCGGCCCGGGUUCGGAUCCCGGGCGCGCACCGAUGCACCGCUUCUCCGGCCAUGCUGAGGCCACGUCCCACAUACAGCAACUAGAAGGAUGUGCAGCUAUGACAUACAACUAUCUACUGGGGCUUUGGGGGAUAAAUAAAUAAAUAAAAUUAUUAAAAAAAAAAAAGAAACUAACGUUGGCAAGGAUGUGGAGAAAUUUGAACACUCAUGCUCCCAUUGCUGAUGGGAGUGAAAAAUGAUAGUGCUGAUAGUUGCACAACUAUGUGAAUGUAUUUAAUGACACUGAACUGUACACGUAGAAGCGGUUAAAAUGCUAAAUUUUAUAUUUCGUAUAUUUUACCACAUACACACAAAAUCUUCCUCAGAACUGGUCCUGACAUAGUUACGCAUGUGAUGGAAGAAGGCCCUUUUCUCCUGGAGUGAGAAGCAGCCUUCUUGUUCAUGCUGGUACUCCAGACCCCAGACUUUUUCACACACACCCAGCGUGAUCUCACCAACCAGAGGGAGUCCACUUCCGCCUGGCCCAUUCGUACCUCCUUCCACCACCCUAUUCCCUUAUUCGACUCACCCCCUCCAACCACUCUCAGUUACUGUUCUGUUUACCAGCUCUGUAAUUUCUCCUUUCCAGAAUGUCAUACAAAUGGGAUCGUACAGUGCGUAGGCCAUUCAGAUCAGCUUCUUUCACUUAGUAAGAUGCAUGUAAGAUUUCAUCUGUGUCUGUGCACGGCGUGGUGGAUCAUUCCUCUCUAUUGCUGAAGAGUAUUCCAUUGCAUGAAUGUACCUCACUUGGUUAUUCAUUCACUACUGAAGGAUGUCCUGAUUCUUUAAAGUACUUGGCCCUUAUGAAGAGAGAUGCUGUACAUAAUUGCAUGCUGGUUUUUGCUUGGACAUAAUUUUUCAAAGAAAUUAUCCAAAUGCCUGGGAGUGCGAUUGAUGGCUUAUGUGGUGAGACCAUGUUUAGCUUUGGAAAAAACUGCCAAAUUCCUUUAGAAUUAUGCAUUCCACCAGCAAUGAAUGAAAAUUCCUGUUGCUAUUGCUAUCUUUUUCCCUUCAGAUUUUAUUCAUUUUAAUAGACAUGCAGUGCUAUCUCAUUGUUGUUUUAAUUUGCUUUUCAUGAUGAGUGAUGUUGAGCAUUAUUUUGUAUGUUUAUUUGUCAUCUGUGUAUCUGCCUUGGUGAGGUGUCUGUUCAGAUCUUUACCCAUUCUUAAUUGGGUCAUUCAUCUUCUUCUUGAGUUUUGGAGUUUCUUUUUAUAUUUUGCAUAGAAGUUCUUUUUCAGAUGUGUUUUCCAAAUAUUUUCUCCCAGGCUGCGGCUUGUAUUUUGUUCUCUUAACAGAGUGUUUCACAGAGUAGACAUUUUAAAUUUUUAAUAAAGUGAACAUCAGCAAUUUUUUCUUUAA